AUGAAAUCACCACCGCCACCACUCCUUGUCAUGUCACCUCCUCCCUCACACAUAAGUUCGCCUCCACCUUCUCCACCACCAACAAAAUCACCACCACUUGCCGUGUCACACCCUCCCCCGCCACCCACAAUUUCGCCUCCACCUCCUCCACCACCAACAAAAUCACCACCACCACCCCUGCCCUUGAAGACAUCCCCUCCACCUCCUCCAACUUACAAAUCACCAUCGACACCACCUCCACCAAAUAAGUUGCCAUUGCCACCCCCUCCAAUGUAUAAAUCUCCACCACCUCCUUCUCCACCACAAAAGUCUCCAUCACCUCCACCGCCACCACCACUGAAAAACUCACCACCACCACCCCCUCCACCUUACAAAUCACCAUCACUAACACCUCCUCCACCACAGAAACAAAACAAGUCGCCACCCCCACCCCUUCCAAUAUUCAAAUCACCGCCACCACCACCUCCACCUCAAAAAUCACCAUCACAACCACCACCACCUCCAACACCAAAAUCACUAUCACCACCCCCACCACCUCUACCAAACUUGUCCCCACCACCACCUCCUCCACCACAGAAGUCACCAUCAUUACCACCACCACCUCCUUCCCCAGAAAAGUCACUAUCUCCUCCCCCUCCUCCAACUUACAAAUUACCACCGCCUCCUCCUCCUCCAACUAUUAAAUCACCAUCACCUUCUCCUCCACCUCAAAAGUCACCUCCACCACCUCCCCCUUCACUUCAAAAAUCACCUCCACCUCCAGAAACCACAUGUGCUCCUAAAGGUUCAUCCCCACCACCUCCUAAGAAAUCUCUUCCACCACCUCGAAAGAGGUCACCACCUCCACCCCGUAAAAUAUCACCACCACCUCCAAAGAAAUCUUGUCCACCACCUCGAAAAAGAUCACCACCUCUACCCCGUAAAAGAUCACCACCACCUCCGCGCCGUAAAACAUCUCCACCUCCACCUCGAAAAGGCUUUUUUCUUGGGCCUAUUCUGAGGUAA